AUGCGACCGCUCCGAGGAGAGGAGGAGGGCCUCCUCGCCCGGUCUCACGAUAGCGUCGCCUCGCCACCUUUGACUCCGGCACACGAGGAUGGACCCGCGGAGCCCUUGAUCAAGACGGGCGUCGAGGGUGCGCCCGCCUGGAACCAGAUGUCGCAUCGGCAGCGCACCUUGGUCUACGUCACAUUCGGCCUGCUCGGUAUGGGUGUCCUUCUCCCCUUCAACUCGCUCAUCACGCCAGCAGAGUACUUUCGCUCUUCGUUCGCAAAGACGCCCUACGCAAACACGUUCAGCAGCUGGAUCACCGUGUCGUACAAUGUGAUCAGCAUCCUCGUCGGCAUCCACGCCACGGCCACCGGCGGCUUUGAGCGCUCUAGCCCACGUCGCAGGAUCGCCCUUUCCUCCGCCGUCAUCAUCCUCUGCGUCUUUUGCUUUGCGCUUUCCACGCGCUUUGGUGACCUCAAAUGGCGCCCCCAGCCUCCCACUGCCGAUGCCGCAGGGCCAGACAACACCUACUUUUACUUUACUCUGCUGCUCGGCGGUCUCUUGUCGAGCGCCUGCGCCUAUCUACAGAACAGCGUAGUCUCGCUCAGUACGGCAUUUGGUGGAGGCGGCACCUUCAUGGGUUCCAUGCUUGCUGGUCAGGGCGUAGUCGGCGUCGGCAUCAGCAUCUUCGGCCUCGCCUCGGCAUGGUCGCAGCAGACCAAUCCCGAGCAAGGCACUCCUGCGUUCGACCAGACGGCGCGCGACACGGCUCGCAGCAUCGCACGAGCGGCGACCAUCUUUUUCGGCAUGAACACGCUGCUCAUGAUCGGCGUGCUUGGCGCCUUCCUCUGGCUCGCCCAGACGCCGUUGUAUGCGCAGGUGAUGGCCAAGCAGGUGGCGACCAUCGACAAGAUCGAGGACGAGCGCGACGGAGACUCGCGACACGACGACGACGACGAGCGUCUGGGUGGGUCGCAGCAUCUCAUGACGCAGAGCUGGCAUUCGGUGCGCUCCAUCUCCCACCCUGCCUACAGCUCGUGGCUGAAGAAGGUGCCCGGAUUUUACCAACUUGCGCCGUCCACGCGCGAGUCGUUGCUGCGCAUCUCGCUUGUCCAGUCCAAGGUCAAGUGGGACUGUGCUGCAGUCGCAUUUGUGUUCGUUGUGACGCUCAGCCUCUUUCCAGCGCUCACCUCGUCGGUGCAGAGCGUCUACACGGGUUCAUCGGGACCUGUUACGAGCUCGGUGGAUCUCACGUCGCCACAGCUGUUCGUGCCGUUCCACUUCCUGCUGUUCAACAUCUCGGAUCUGCUCGGCAGGACGCUUCCGAGCGUAGUGCCCGGCGCACUUAUCCGCAAGGCACGCGCGCUGUUCUCGCUGUCGCUGCUUCGCUCGCUGUUCAUCCCUCUUUUCAUGGCGUGCAACGUUGUAUCAACCAGCCAGAGGACAGGGCCGAUCAGCCGCGUGAAACAAGACGCGCAGCUCGGCUGGCUAUCAGCGCUGCUCCAGUCAAGCGACGCUCCCUUCUUCGGGCUCAUGCUCCUUCUUGGCUUCUCCAACGGCCUCGUGAGCACCUGCAUCAUGAUCUCGGGCCCAUCCCGCAGCAAGCUCGUCAACUCCAAGGGAGCAAGCGAAGGCCCGCUCGCCGCUACGCUGCUGUCCUUCUGGCUUUGCGUUGGAUUGGCAAUCGGCAGCGGCUUGAGCUUCCUCACGGUAAAGUCUUAA